GAUGGGGCGAAUCAUUUUCAUCUAACGAAGCUCAUAUGAUCCAGAGGCCGGAGAAGGGAAAGUGCGAGAAAGAAGGAAAAGAAGAGAACAAAGCAAAGACAGUUGUAGAUUUCUAAUUCUCUGGCCAUGGCAGAUCAGUUUCAGACUGGGGUUUGCAGUGGAAACUGGUGGAAUCCUACGAGGAAUGGCUUCAACGGGAAUUCGUCCCCCUGCUCGACGGCUCUUAACGACAUCGGGAGCUUUGGAUGGCCAACUGAGAUGGUGGAUAUGAAAACAAGAUCGACUGAGGAGUCGGCUUCUGUUUGCGACAGUUCGAUCGUUUUCUCUGAUACCCAGAAGCAGCAAGUAGCGGAUUCCGUCAGUGGUGGUGGAGUUUUAAUGGAUUCCACGUUGCAAAUCAUGGGUUUUGGACUCUCAUCACCGACAACUGUGGAUUGGAAUCAAGCUCUACUUCGAAGUAGUGGAAGAGGUGAGGCUAAUUUCCAUUCCAUGCUUCAAGAGGAAUUAAGUUCGAGACACAGUUUUCGGCAAGAGACGUCGAUGGAAUCCUCUCAGCUCCAAAAGGAAUGGAGUCCAAAGAAUUUUUCAGUUAGUGGUGAAGAUUCCUCCAUAAAUGCUCUAAAGCAAAUAAAUCAGGUCUUUGCUUUAGACCAGCAGCGUCUAAAUUCCAUCAACAGCUCGAGCGAGUGUACAGUGACUUGUCAGGGUUUACCGACGAGUUUCCCGAUGAGCUCAACCUCGUAUGGAUGCACUUCAACGUUGUUACAGGGAUUAUUCGAAACCGAUCCUCAAUCUCAACAAUCUUCUUUUGAGAACGGAUCAAUCAAUUUACUACCAAAUUGCCGCAUCAACUCGAAUGAUAUAUCACCUUCUUGGCCCAAAUUCUCACAGUUGCUGAAAACUUCACCUCCUAAACAGCAAUCCACUAACCAGUUACACUUUUCUAACAAAGGUCCUUUCUGGAACGCCUCGGCAGCUGCCAUGAAUGAAGUUCGUUCCAGCUAUUUCCCCUCAUCGCAGACCCAACUUCUUACACCAACCUUUGAAGAAAAACCCAACUGCAGCAACCUCACUGCAAAGUCUAGUACAGAAGACGUUCGCGACUCAGCCUCAGCGGUGAAGAAAGGUAAUAGUGAACCUGCGUUUAAAAGGCCUCGAAUUGAAACUCCAUUGCCAACUUUUAAGGUCCGGAAAGAGAAGUUAGGGGACCGAAUCACGGCACUUCAACAAUUGGUUUCGCCUUUCGGAAAGACUGAUACGGCAUCGGUGCUCUUUGAAGCUAUUGAGUACAUCAAGUUCUUGCAUGAUCAAGUCAGUGUUUUAAGUACUCCAUAUAUGAAAAAUGGAGCUUCCAUUCAACCCAAGCAGAACUCCGAUAAAUCCAAGGAAGGCGAAGCACAUAAACCAGAUCUAAGGAGCCGCGGGUUGUGUCUGGUGCCGAUUUCAAGCACCUACCCAGUUACUAACGAAACAGCUGCUGAUUUUUGGACACCUACCUUUGGAGGAACUUACAGGUAGACAGAGAAAAGCUAAAGAAGUUAGGUUGCAGUGAGGAAUUAAUUCUCCCAAUUAAACCAAGUUGGAAAUGAUAAGAUCAAUUGAGAAAGAAGAAAACCCAGAUGCAACAUGGCUUGUAAUAGCCUGGGUAAGAAAGCAACAUCAGAGGGAUGAAAAACAAAAGGAAGAAAAAGAGAAAGAAGAGAGGAAGUGACGCUUCAGGGACAGGUAAUGUUGGGCUAGCUACAGGCAAAAUGAUGUUAGCCGGCCAAAGAUUAGGAGCCGUUGUAAGAGAAUAUAGUGGUGUAAUAAUCCGAAUAUAGUGGUGUAAUAAUCCUAGUAGUAUAUAGCAAAAGGUGGACCAGGGAUGGGAACAGGUGCUAAAUUCGGCAAAAUUUUAGAUUAAUUUAUACGAGAUUUCUUUUAGUAGCUGAAUUUAGCAGAUGGGAUAAAGUGGGUUUUGUUCCUGUUGCUGUAUCAUGUUUAUAGGACUGGUACCACCUUUUUAUAUAUAUAUAUAUAUAUUUAAUUUAUGAAAGAAAAGAAGAGAGAGAGAAAUAAAAAGGAAUAAUUGAAUUAUAUUAUGGAAUAGGAAUCUGUGGAGGUUAUUUGGUUGAGGAUCUAACUUUUCAUUUGUUUAUAUGUGUGGAAUAUGGUAGUGGAAGUCAGAACGGCCCACUGCCUCUCCUUUUAGGGUUUUGAUUAUUCCAAAUGGAGAUAUGUGUGUAAGAACUAUCGGGCAUUCUUUUGUGCUUUUCAUGGAAUUGUCACAUUGAUGGGCAUCCAUUGGAAAGCAACAAGAAGCCAAAUCAACGAGAGAGAGAGAUGAUCAAAUGGUUUGUUAUCGUUAGAUCUCAGUGA